UGGCGGCGCGGAGCGGCGCUGGCGGCCGCGGGGCCGGGGCCAGCGGGGUCGGGACCACCAUGUCGGACACGUGGAGCUCGAUCCAGGCCCACAAGAAGCAGCUGGACUCGCUGCGGGAGCGGCUCCAGCGGCGGCGAAAGCAGGACCCACUCGACCCACGUCACCCAGAGCUGGCACUGGCCCCACCAUCCCGCAGCGCCAGCCCCGCGCCCCCGGCCCCUGCGACAGCCGGAGCAGCCGGAGCAGCCGGCAGUGGUGGAGAAGCGCCGGAGCUGGCCACGGACCCGGCGCUGGAGCGGCGGCUGCUGCGGCACCUGGCCGACCUGGCGCUGCCGCUGCCCACCGACGCCUUGGCCAUCUGCCGCGCCAUCGCUACGCCGGAGGCGCCAGUGACACAGCGCAGUGUAGAGAGCUUGCUGCAGAAGUUCGCUGCCCAGGAGCUCAUCGAGGUGCGCCGGGGGCUGCUGCAUGAGGAGGCCGCCCAGCCCACCCUGGUCACCUACGCCGACCACGCCAAGCUCUCGGCCAUGACUGGUGCCGUGGCUGAGCGCAAGCGCCGUGCCGAGCCUGGUGGCCCCGGUGGCCCUCCUGCUGGUGCCUCGCCUGCUUCCGAGCCCGGCAAGGAGCCAACCAAGAAGUGGCGCAAGCAGGCGUCCGAUGUUGACCGGGAGAUCGAGAGCUUGCUCAGCCAGCAGUCCACUAAGGAGCAGCAGAGCAAGAAGGUGAGCCAGGAGAUCUUGGAGCUGCUCAACACCACCACAGCCAAGGAGCAGUCCAUCGUAGAGAAGUUUCGCUCACGGGGCCGGGCCCAGGUGCAGGAGUUCUGCGACUAUGGCACCAAGGAGGAGUGCAUGAAGGCCACUGACGCCGAGCGGCCCUGCCGCAAGCUCCAUUUCCGGCGCAUCAUCAACAAGCACACGGACGAGUCGCUGGGCGACUGCUCCUUCCUCAACACUUGCUUCCACAUGGAUACCUGCAAGUACGUCCACUAUGAGAUUGAUGCAUGCUCCGACGCUGGGGCACCGGGUGGCCGCGAGCACAACCCCGGCCAGGAGUUGGCCUUGCCCCAGGCUGUCAGCGGCGAUGCCAGCGUCGACCGCCUCUUCCCCCCACAGUGGAUCUGCUGUGACAUCCGCUACCUGGAUGUCAGCAUCCUGGGCAAAUUUGCCGUGGUCAUGGCCGACCCGCCUUGGGACAUCCACAUGGAGCUGCCCUACGGCACGUUGACUGACGAUGAGAUGCGGCGCCUUAACAUUCCUGUGCUGCAGGAUGAAGGCUUCCUCUUCCUCUGGGUCACUGGACGGGCCAUGGAGCUGGGACGUGAGUGCCUCAACCUUUGGGGGUACGAGCGGGUGGACGAGAUCAUCUGGGUGAAGACGAACCAGCUGCAGAGGAUCAUCCGCACAGGGCGCACAGGCCAUUGGCUCAACCAUGGCAAGGAGCACUGCCUGGUGGGGGUGAAGGGAAACCCACAGGGUUUCAACCGCGGGCUCGACUGCGACGUCAUCGUGGCAGAGGUCCGCUCCACCAGCCACAAGCCCGAUGAGAUCUACGGCAUGAUCGAGCGCCUCUCGCCUGGCACCCGCAAGAUCGAGCUCUUUGGCCGCCCCCACAACGUGCAGCCCAACUGGAUCACACUGGGGAACCAGCUGGACGGCAUCCACCUUCUCGACCCCGACGUAGUGGCCCAGUUCAAGCAGCAUUAUCCUGACGGCAUCAUCUCCAAGCCCAAAAACAUGUAGCAGAGCCCAGGCUUGAUAAUGCUCUGGAGCAGGGGCAGGAUGCACGCAUUUUUUGUAAUAAAAGUGGGGAGGGGGAAAAGGA